AUGAGCUUCUCUGGCAAGUACCAACUGCAGAGCCAGGAAAACUUCGAGCCCUUCAUGAAGGCAAUGGAAACUCUGAGUUGGGAACUGUUGUUUUCCAGUAUUACAUUGAGGCUGAAAAAUGCACUGGUUAACAUGGAAGGUGACAACAAGCUGGUGACAACAUUUAAGAAUGUCAAGUCUGUGACUGAACUCAACGGGGACACACUGACCAGCACCAUGACAGUGGGUGACAUCGUCUUCAAGAGAAUCAGCAAAAGAAUUUAGAGAAGUGUGCAUUUCAUAUUUUCCUAUUGUGGAAAAU